AUGCCCACCCUUAGUUCCAGCAGCUCCUUGGCGAGUUCUAACAGCCUCCCGUGGCUACCAGAGCGUUCCAGCAACUCUGCGAUGAGUUCCAGCAACCUCCAUAGCUGUCAACGAGUUCCAGCAGCCCCCCGUGGGUACCCAUGUCGUCCAACCGCCUCCGAGAGCUUCAAAACAGCUCCAAACAGCCGAGGUAACAACCGAAACGUAGCCACAGCUAUGGCAUUUGGCUGCUGCAAUUGCAGCACAGCUACACGACCUCCUCCAUCGUGCAACCACAAGGGCUAG